AUGAUGGCCAAGUAAAAUAAAAACCGUUCGGCUUUAACUAAUAAUUCCGUUAAAUCACAAAAGUGUGUGCGUAAAAAGCCUCUAAUGACUUCACAAUUCGGUCAUUAGGCGAGAGCUGAGCCGGCAGAAUGAUCGGGGGGUUGUUCGUGUACAACCACAAGGGCGAAGUCCUCAUUUCCCGAGUUUACAGGGAUGAUAUCGGCAGAAAUGCGGUCGAUGCGUUUCGGGUUAAUGUUAUACAUGCCCGACAACAAGUCCGCUCUCCGGUCACAAACAUAGCACGAACGUCCUUUUUCCACAUUAAGAGGGCUAAUAUUUGGAUUGCCGCCGUAACAAAGCAAAAUGUCAACGCCGCCAUGGUUUUUGAGUUCUUGUUGAAGAUUAUCGAAGUCAUGCAGUCGUAUUUUGGGAAAAUCUCUGAAGAGAAUAUUAAAAAUAAUUUCGUUCUUAUUUAUGAAUUACUAGACGAAAUCCUGGACUUUGGUUACCCUCAAAACACCGAUACCGGCGUUUUGAAAACGUUCAUAACCCAACAAGGGAUCAAAUCGGCCACUAAGGAAGAACAAGCUCAGAUUACGUCACAGGUUACUGGUCAGAUUGGUUGGAGGCGUGAGGGUAUCAAGUAUCGUCGAAACGAGUUGUUUUUGGAUGUUUUGGAAUAUGUUAACCUACUUAUGUCGCCUCAAGGCCAGGUUCUUUCGGCCCACGUGGCCGGUAAAGUCGUGAUGAAGUCGUAUUUGUCGGGAAUGCCCGAAUGCAAGUUCGGGAUUAACGACAAGAUUGUGAUGGAAGCCAAAGGCAAAGGGGGCUUAGGGUCGACGUCUGAUUCCGAUCAGACCCGGUCUGGCAAACCAGUCGUUGUAAUUGACGAUUGCCAGUUCCACCAAUGCGUGAAAUUAAGUAAAUUCGAAACCGAACAUUCCAUUAGCUUUAUUCCACCUGACGGUGAAUUCGAAUUGAUGAGAUAUCGUACAACUAAAGACAUAUCGUUGCCAUUUCGGGUAAUUCCCCUCGUGCGUGAAGUCGGUCGCACCAAAAUGGAGGUCAAGGUGGUGCUGAAAAGCAACUUCAAGCCGUCGCUUCUUGGGCAAAAAAUCGAAGUUAAAAUUCCAACUCCGUUGAACACUUCGGGAGUUCAAUUGAUUUGUUUGAAAGGAAAGGCGAAAUACAAAGCAUCGGAAAAUGCGAUUGUUUGGAAGAUCAAACGUAUGGCUGGAAUGAAGGAGACGCAAUUAUCGGCCGAAAUCGAGCUUCUGGAGACCGACACGAAGAAGAAGUGGACAAGACCGCCGAUUUCUAUGAAUUUCGAAGUACCGUUCGCACCGUCCGGUUUUAAAGUACGAUACUUGAAGGUUUUCGAGCCGAAAUUGAAUUACUCGGAUCAUGAUGUUAUUAAAUGGGUGCGGUAUAUCGGAAGGAGCGGACUUUACGAAACUCGAUGCUAAAUUUUGAGGAACAACAUUUUAUUUCAAUUAUGUUUAUUUUGUGUUAUCUAAUUUAGUAGUUAGUUGCUUUUUUUAUCGAUGGUUUACAUCAUGUCGGAUCGAAUAUUAUUUCUUGCUCUCAAAUACUCAAGGCAAGCUUGAUGUUGGAAUAGAAGUGUUAUGCAAAAGUAUGCUCUCAAUAAUUUUAUGUGAAACAAUUUCACUGUGUUAUCUGUAGAUGAGGU